AUGGAGAUACCUGGAGGAUCAUCAAAGAUGAUAGCGACCCAAGCAGAGAUGGUGGAGGCGAAGGUGCCAAUACCAUACAGAGACCAGUGCGCCCACCUACUGAUUCCUUUGAACAAGUGCAGGCAGGCUGAGUUCUACCUUCCCUGGAAGUGCGAGAACGAGCGCCACUCCUACGAGAAGUGCGAGUACGAGCUCGUCAUGGAGAGGAUGCUCCAAAUGCAGAAGAUCCGUGAACAAGAGGCCCAGUUGAAGCAGUCGAACAAACAACCACAAGGCAUUCCUCUCAUUCCCAAAACAGCCAAUGCUUGA